AUGGCUGGAAAAAAGGAAGAGUCGCCUCAAGCACAAUCGAGUAAAAGCUCUGAUCGUGCGGGUAUAAUGUUGGCAGAAGAUGGUUUCCAAAAGGGAAGAGCGAGAGCCAUCUCAAGGACAUCAACAACUGCUGUUACUCCAGGUCCAACAAGUGCGACAGGACCAUCGGAGAAUCUGAAUUCUCGUGGUGGCAACUCUGUAAGCUCUCCCCCCGUGGUUUUAAAGAGUGGGCCACUUUUUAUAUCAUCAAAAGGAAUUGGAUGGGCAUCAUGGAAGAAAAGGUGGUUCAUUUUGACACAUACUUCGCUGGUUUUCUUUAGAAGUGAUCCUAAUGCCAGUUCUCAGAAGGGGAAUGAAGUGAAUUUAACUCUCGGCGGUAUUGAUCUCAACAAUUCAGGCAGUGUGGUUGUCAAAGCUGAUAAAAAACUCAUUACCGUACUAUUUCAAGAUGGCCGCGAUGGACGAACCUUCACACUCAAGGCUGAAACGUCGGAGGAUUUGUACGAGUGGAAGACUGCACUUGAGAAAGCUUUAUCACAAGCACCAAGUUCUGGGGGACAAAAUGGCAUCUUUGGGAAUGAUCAGGCAGAUGCAAUUGAUGCUUCUAAGGAUCCAAUGAAUGAUAAACAACCUGUGAGAUCUACAGUCUUACACAGACCAAUUUUACUAGCACUGGAAGAUGUUGAUGGGGCUCCAACAUUUUUGGAGAAGGCCCUUAGAUUUGUAGAAGAAUAUGGAGUUAAAGUAGAAGGGAUCUUGAGGCAGGCUGCAGAUGUUGAGGAUGUUGAGCGCCGAAUUCGGGAAUAUGAACAGGGAAAAACCGAGUUCUCUCAGGACGAGGAUGCACAUGUCAUUGCUGACUGUGUCAAGUAUGUAAUUCGGGAGUUGCCAUCAUCUCCUGUCCCUGCAUCAUGCUGCAACGCUCUACUAGAAGCAUGCAGAACUGAGCACAGUGCUAGAGUCAAUGCUAUGCGUAUGGCAGUAUUGGACACGUUUCCUGAGCCAAAUCGUCGCUUAUUACAGAGAAUUCUAAUGAUGAUGCAAACUAUAGCUUCUCACAAAAAUGAAAAUCGAAUGAGCUCUUCAGCUGUGGCAGCCUGCAUGGCACCCUUACUUCUUCGUCCUCUUCUAUCUGGUGAAUGUGAUAUUGAAAAUGAUUUUGAUGUGGGAGGUGAUGGUUCAAUGCAACUGCUGCAAGCUGCUGCUGCAGCCAAUCAUGCUCAAGCCAUUGUUAUAACAUUACUGGAACAGUAUGAUAAAAUAUUUGGGGAAGGUUGUGUUUCCCCUGAUUUGUACUCUGACUCAGACGAGAGUGGAAGUGAAAGUGAGGAAGAAGCUGAUGAUGAUGAGUCCUAUGAAGAUGAUGAAUGUGAGGACGAAUCACAAGUGUCUGAUGAUGAUAACGAUUCUGCUGAAAGUGGAACAGGCAGUGAGAGUGGUCAAUCUGUUAAAAGCGGUGAUGAUAAAGAUUCUGAAUCUUCGAGCUCUAGUUCUGAGUCCUCCAAAAAUAGUGAUGAUGUCAAAGCCACCAAGAAAGUUUCAAGUUCACUUGAUGUAAAUGAUAAUUCAAAAAAGAGUGAGGAUAAUAGAAGAACUAAAAGUUCUGCAACUGAGACCAAUAAGUCUGCUGAGCUGUUAAAAGGAGUUCAUGGAGUAACCAAGUUGGAGGAUGCAUCAACUCGUAGUCCAGUCUCUAAUUCCACAAAACCCCUUGCUGUUGGAAACGGACCUGGCCACCAUGUUAGGCAUGCUUUUUGGGGAAGGAGCAGUGGAAGCAAGAAACUAUCUGUGGAUUGUCCUGAUCUUCCAUGUGAGGAAGAGUUUGCAUUUGAGUCACUUGAGGCUGAAAGAUCGGACUUGCAAAAGAGACUCACAGAAGAGAUUGAAGGUAAUAUCAUUCUUGAAGCCAGCUUGGAAAAAAGAAAGAAGGCACUGCAUGAGCAACGGCUAGCUCUUCAGAAAGAGGUUGCAAGAUUAGAGGAAGAGCUUCAAAGGGCAAGAGAAAAGAGGAUAGCUCUGGAAGCAGGACUUAACCCGUCUCAAGGACCCACAUCUCUCCCAGCUAAGCUUGAUGAAAAGACAAAGGCAGAUCACAAGGACAUAACUCAAUCAGAGGCUGACAUAAUCAUUUUGAACAAAAAGGUUGAUGAUCUAGGGAAACAGCUUAAUCAACAUCCUGAGAAAAAGUCUGCUUCCAUGAGUGAUGUACCAAAUCAUCAAUCAAAAGUGAAGGAUAAGACAAAGGGUACUGAAGCUGCUUCUACAAGUUCAAGAAGCAAGGAAAUGAAUGAAAACCAAAAGUUAGAUCAGUCAACAGAGACAAUUUCACACAAGCGCGAUACUUCAAGAAAUUCCAAGAAGUCAGCUUCGAAGGGUGAGGAACUCCGAAGCCAGACUGCAAAUGAAACGGCUGGCAUGGAGAAAGGCCGUGGUUCAAUUCAAGCAGCCCCAAGCUCAUCGGAUAAAGGAAAAGGAAUAGAACCUUCCAAAACUGUUAAAAAUCCAGAAAAAAGCAAAGGAACGGAACCUCCAACCAAAUCUGUUAAAAAUCCAGACAAAGGAGGAGGAGCAGAAACUCCAACCAAAACUGUCAAAAAUCCAGACAAAGGAAAAGGAGCAGAACCUCCUACCAAAUCUGUUAAAAAUCCAGAAAAAGGUAGAGGACCAGACAUGAGCCAAUAACUCUGGAAUCCAGGCAAUAAAACCCAUAUUCUAGACCGGGGAUGAUCUGAAGGCCAAUGGCGUCCUACAGAUUAAACUCAAGAAUUUGGUCAGUCUCUUGCUAAUCGAAUUAUUGAAUGGACUGUAUAGGAUCUGCUGAUCAGGCUGAUAAUGGUGCUUUCGAACAUGAGGAAAGUAUACCAGAGAGGGGGACGAUAUUAUUGGUGGGAGACUGAUUGGUGAUGCCCCAUAUUAAGAGCAAGAGGAGAGGCUGCUAACACUUUAAUCCAAGACGUACAUAUGCAUAUAUCAACUAGCAUGUCGUAGAUGUAAUAAGCUGAAUAACUUGAAAUCUUGGUGACUGAUUUUUGUUGUCAGAAAACCCAAACUAAUGAUUGCAAAUAGCAAUUACGUCCUUUGCAUGGGCGAAUGCAAGUUCUAAUUUAAGCUUUAUUGGUU